AUGGAUGGGUCUGUUGACUUCUAUCUCAAUUGGAAUGAAUAUGUUCAUGGUUUUGGAAAUACUUCAGGAGAAUUUUGGUUAGGACUUAGUAAAAUCCAUCAUUUAGCUAAUGGGAGUAUAUCUACACAACUACGAGUUGAUAUGAAAGAUAAAGAUGGUAACAGUGCAUAUGCCAGUUACUCUACCUUUUACAUAGGUGGUUCUACUACUGAUUAUACUCUCCAUGUAUCUGGAUAUAGUGGUACUGCUGGAGACUCACUUGGAGGCCAUAAUCUUAUGAAGUUUUCUACUAAAGACAACGAUAAUGAUCCAUGGAAUGACCAUUGUGCUGUGCAGUUCACCGGUGCAUGGUGGUAUGAGACAUGCCACUGGUCUAACUUAAAUGGUAAAUAUGGAGAUGAUGCUGAUGGGAAGGGAAUAAACUGGAAAGCAUGGAAAGCUGUUACCUUAGCUAUCUCCAGUGUGGAAGAGAAUUGUCCAUCUGAAGAGCUUCAAG